AUGGCCUCCGACACGGUAGAAGAAGAAUCACCGCGGGUGGUGUCGCCCGCGUCGACGGCAUCGUUUUACGACGCGCCCAUGUCGCCCCUGCAAGUGCAGAAGGAGGUCUCGCCCGAGGCCCUCGUCGUCGGCACGACCCAGCUGUUCGAAAAUGACAGCAUCCGCUUCGUGCCCAUGCCGACGCCGAGCCCAAAAGACCCGCUUAACCUGCCCCCAUGGCGCAAGUGGGCGGCCGUCGCCGCGCUGUCACUCUUCGGCGCCCUUGCUCUGGCCGCGGAGAACGUCAUCGGCGCCAUGGUGCCCGUGUUCGUCCUCGAGUACGCCGGCGUCGACCCCAAGGUCCUCGGUCAGAAACAGGAACCGGGUGGAAGCCCGCUGAUGUCGGGGAUGGGUGGCCCGCCUCUGUGGAAGGUGUCGCUGCUGGCGUCUUUGCCGCUGAUGGUCAACGGUAUUGCGUCGUACUUCCUCGUUCCACUUACCAUCGCCAUUGGGAGGCGGCUUGUGCUUCUGGCCACCGGCGCGAUGGCCUGGAGUGGAGGGCUGUGGGCAGGCUACUCGACUUCUCUGAAUAGCCAUCUUGCAGCCGGGGCGUUUCAGGGCCUCGGUGCCGGUGCAGUCGAAGCUCUGGUGCCACUGGUAAUCCAGGACUUCAUGUUCAUCCAUGAGAGGAACAGAGCAAUCUCUCUGGUGGGUACAACGCAGGGACUUUUUGUAUUGAGCUUGGGUAUUUCCGCUCCCUACGUUGUUCUCCGCAUUUCCUGGAGAUAUCUUUACUACAUCACCGCUGGACCCGCUGGAUUCGGUCUGACGACGAGCUCGUCGACUUUCAAUAGCUGGACGAGCAACUUCGGAAUGUUCAACGUCCGCACAGAGUGGGGGCUGGCAGCCCGUUCUGUCUGGGAGAUGAUCAAGACGACCUUCUUCCCGAACGUGCUGUGGGUAAUCCUCAUCAACUCCAUGUUCACGGCCAUACAGAACGUCAACGCCCAGGUCGUCUCCUCGCUGCGUCUCGUGCAUGACAAGCCGCGUCCCACCAAUCAACGAGCUGAGAUCACAGGCAUCAUCAUGGCGCUGGAGUGGGCCCUCGAGAAAUACAAGACACUGCGUGGAUUCCCAGAGCUUCAAGUCACCAUCUACUCAGACUCCCAGUAUGCGGUCAGAUGCAUGAACGACUGGAUCUACAAGUGGUGCCAUAACGGAUGGUUGAACUCUCGGGGUUUUGAAGUUAUCAAUCGAGAUCUCAUCGAGAGGGCCUCGCAUCUGGACGAUCUCGUCGCAGAACUCGGCUCUGUUGACUACGUCUGGAUCAGAAGGGAGGACAACGAGGCUGCUGAUGAUCUGUGCCGCCAGAGACUGGACCAGCAGGAUGGUCUCCUCUGA